AUGCCGGCAAAGAUCGAUUCGUACAUGGAACUGGGAAGCGUUAUCGUCGAUCCGGAAUACCACACAAGAUACAUUCUCAAGAAGCUACUUGGCCGAGGGGCAUAUGCGCAGUGCUAUCUGGUUUCUAUAGAAAGCGGAGAGCAGUAUGCAAUCAAGAUUGUGCGAUUGAAAGACAUAACAAGCAAGAAGGUGCAUGAAAAGCUUGACUCCGAAAUAGCAAUACAUUCAAGACUCGACAAUCCAAACAUCGUCAAGAUGUAUCGAUCGUUCAGAAGUGAAGAGUAUGUGUUUAUGGUUCUUGAGCUAUGUGAACGAGGCGCGCUGGAUGCACUGCUCAAGAGAAAUGGUAGACUGAAGGAGAGAUAUGUUGCAAAGUUCAUAAAGCAAACAGUCGACGGCCUUCUGUAUUUGCACAACACCAUGAGUAUUGUUCACAGAGACCUGAAGCUUGGGAACCUGUUUCUUGAUGCAAAGCUGAAUGUGAAGAUUGGAGACUUUGGAUUGAGUGCAGUAAUAAAGGACGGGGAGAAGAAGGUUACAAUGUGCGGCACUCCAAACUACAUAGCGCCGGAGAUUCUAUUUGGCAAGGCAAGCGGACACUCGUUUGAGGCAGAUGUGUGGUCUUUGGGCGUGAUCAUAUACACUCUGCUUGUGGGUGUGCCACCGUUCCAAAAGAAGAAUGUCGAGGAUAUCUACAAGAUGAUCAAGCAGAACAACUAUAUCUUUCCGAAGGAGUGCGAUCUUUCAAGCGAAGCAAUCGACCUGAUCACGCAGAUCCUCAACACAAAUCCUCUUGAGCGGCCUGCGCUUGAGCACAUUCUCAGCCACCGCUUUUUGUCUCGAAAGGAGCAUUUUCUGAUGAGGAUAUACAGGAGCCUGGUGUCUAACAGAACUCAAGAGGGGGGAGUUGAUGGAGACUAUGUGAUAUUCAGCAUUCCUGUGACCAAGCUGAGGGGAAUUGGCUAUGUGCUGCGGUCAGGGGUGUAUGGAAUAUAUUUUGGAGACCAUAGGAACCUGAUGCUGCGACCGAAUAAGAGAAGUGUUAUCUACCUGAAUUCCACAAUUGAGAAUGGAAGGAGGGUGUUCUACAAGGAGGAGCAUCUGAUUGAGAAGAUACCCGAGGAGGUUGUUGAGUCAUACAAGGCGCUGCAAUACUUUAUCAGGACGUUUGAUAGUGGAUUUGUAUUUAUUAGCAUUGAGCCAUGCUUUAUUGUUAAGAUAAAGAAGUUUGAGUCUGGCUUCCUGUUUGUAAUGGCAGACAGCACGAUUGUGUUUGAUUUUAUUAAUGGAUGGAAAGUUGUUAUAUCGAAGUGUGGAGAAAAGGCACUGUGCUAUAAUGGCAUGGGGGCGGUUCCGUUUAGUCAAGAGGUAAGGAUGAGGUGUAUUGAUGUGUUGAAGGGGUGUUUUGGAAAUGCUUGA